AUGCGCUACCUCAAACUUGCCUCUCUCUUACUUCCGGCGGCCUCCCUCGCCGCACCCACAUCCCUCUCUGCUCGCCAAGACCCAGCCUGCGCUCCUACCUCCUACGCCAUCGCCGACUUCACCUAUACGACUGGGCCUUCUUCCAGCUCUCCACACGUCAGCUUCAACUUUCAGUCCUUCUUCAGCAAUCCUGCCAUCAUCAACGAUCCCUCUAGCGCGGGCGCAACAUGUGAUGCGGACGGCGAGUCUGUGGACGCGUUCCCAAUGGAGACGGAAUGUUCGACUGGACGCGUGAACUUAAUGUUCGAUCUGAGGGCCCCGGUGGAUCAGGCGAACUUCCAGAUCAUACAUACGUGGCAUUGUAAUGGGCAAACGUGGAUGUCCUCAACUCCGCACAAGAUCGACCCAGUAAAUUGCGAUGGCAGCGACGAUGGAGCUACUACAUGCACGAGCGCGUCGGGGACUUUCGCACCUCAGAACGUGCGCCAGAUCUGUUCUACUCCUACUUGCCCUUGA